UCCGUCUGUUCCCUGUUUCGCGUUUCUCUUUUCUCAAAAUAAUUUAUAUUGUAUUAAAAUAAGUUUGAUUUGUCAACCUUAUUUCUUUAUGUCUAGCUUUGAGUUCUUUGAAUUUAAUUGUUAAUUUUUUCUGUUUGUACUUUGCAUCAGUUAUGUAAAUGUUUUGGUUCAUUUUAUAAAUUUGUAGAACGAAAAAUGUUGAAAGAAAAAUCCUGCGUAGCAACUGAUAAUGUGUCAGAUAUUUGUUGAUUAGUUUUGGCUAUUGGAUAAUUGGUGUGAUUCCUAUUGCAUAAAUACUGCGCAUAACAUUUACAUUAAAAUAAGAUACAAAAAUGCCCUUUAUCCAUCGCGUAAAUGCUUCUUCAUCUAGUCCAUCAUCUAUUCAAAUAAAUGAGUCAUCAGCUGUAAUGAACUUAAAUAACCAAGGUAUUUCUGGAGAACCACAGUUGGUGUUCGUCAUCAAGCCUGUGAGUAAAAUGAGGUUCCGUUACCAAACCGAAAAAGGCUCUCAUGGAGUUCUCACAGGAUACACGGACCCUUCUGUAAAAAGACAGAAGAAAGUUUAUCCAGUUGUACAGCUAAAGAACUAUGUUGGAAGAAAGGCUGUCUAUUUGCAAAUUAGUUUAUACACACUUGAUGAAAAAAUGCCUCAUGUAUUAUAUCUUUUUGGCAAAGACUGUGAUGAAAACGGAAUAUGCAGAGUGAAGUUCAGUAAAGAUUUGACUGCAAGUUUCCAAGUUUCUAUUGGGAGUAGAAAAAAAGAAGACGUACUUGAGAUUUUGAGGCAAAAAAAGAAACAAGAAUAUGGAAAUGAUUUUGAACCUAAGUUGGCAGAGAUCGAAGAAGAAGCCAAAAAAAUCAACCAAAAUGCUGCAAAACUAUGUUUGGAAGCUUUUGUUGCAAGUGACCCAAACAGACCAAUUUGUCAUGCAUUUUCAGAUGCAAUAUAUAAUAGUAAAUCGACUGAAACGGGAGAUUUAAAAAUCUGCCGAUUGAGUAGAAUUGCAGGAAGCUGCUCAGGAGGAGACGAAAUCUUCUUAUUUUGUGAUAAGGUUAAAAAAGAAAAUGUGAAGGUACAUUUUUAUGAAGAAAAAGAUGGUGAAAUAAUUUGGGAGGACUAUGGUAUAUUCACCAAAGCAGAUUGGCACCACCAGGUGGCAUUAGCUUUUAAAACUCCACCAUAUGAGGGCAAUAAGGAAGCAAAAGUGUGGAUUGAACUGCUAAGAACCACCGAUGAUGUUAGAAGUGAACCUCGUGAAUAUCAUUAUAUUCCAAAUGAACCAGACCUUGUUUGGAAAAAGAGAAAAUUAGAACCACAUCCACAUGAUGAUCUAUCACAUUUCAAUGUCAUCAAACCUUGUCCUUCGGAGUAUCUGAUGAACAAUCCUCCAAGUUUUCCGACUUCAAGCAUAAGUGAAAACCCACCUAUUCUUAGAAAUGAUGUUAAUUUCAAUUCAGGUAUUUCUAAUGAAAGAAGCUUUAAUGAAAUCUUCCAAAAUAGUGAUGAAGAACCAAGUCUCAGUCCUCUAUUAGAUAGUGGUGAUUUAAGUUUUGAUUUUUUGGAGCCGUAUGUAUCACCAAUGGAUUACACAGACUUUAUGCCUCAUGCUAAGGUGUUAACAGAUGCUGUAACUGAAACGUAUGCUGAAGAACAGAUCACUCCAGAUGCUAGAGCCUUUAAGCAUACUGAAAGAGGGAUAAUUGAAGGACAGAUGGGAGAGAGCAAAGAUGCUUUAGCCAUGAAGUUGUCUUCUCUAGGUCUCAGGUCUAAAUCAUCAUUAUAUCAAAAUGAAACAAAAUUACAAAAAAUAGAAAUGCCACCUGAAUCCAAAAAACUUAAUUUUGAAGAAGCAGUAAGAGAUGCCUUUAGCAAUGGUAGCAUUGAAACAUUACUGCGUUUUUCUUUCCAAUUGAUACCCUGGCAAAAUAGAAAUGGGGACAGCCUUUUGCAUUUGGCUGUUAUUCAUCAAGGUGAUAAUAUAAACUUUAUUUCCAAGUUAUUAGAGCUAGUUCCAGGUUACGAUUACAACCAUCAAAAUAAGAGAAAAAAAACGCCACUGCAUAUUGCAACCGAGAUGAACAAGCAGUUGCUAAUAAAAUUGCUUCUGGAGCAUGGUGCCUCACCUACUGUUCAAGAUUCAGUAGGUGAUACAUGCAUUCAUAUUGCAUGCAAAAAAAAGUCUGAUAAAAUUUUGAAAGAAUUACUUACCAAGAUUAAGGGUCCAGCUGAGCUUUCAAUGUCAAAUUAUGAAGGUUUAACUCCUGUGCAUAUAUCUGUUAUACGAGGAGCAGAGCAAUGUUUACAGCAUUUAACUAAUUUUAAAGCAGAUUUAAAUGCUAUAGACAAGAAAUCAGGGAGAACUCCAUUGCAUUUUGCUAUUGAAGCUCCUCUUCCCAUUUUAAAGUUUUUAUUGUUACAGCCAAGUAUUGACAAAACUGCUGAAGAUUUUAGCGGGAGGACAAUUUUAAACUAUGCUGAAGAAUCUGGUUCCAAAGAACAUAAGCUAUUGAUAGAAGAAGCUCUUUUUAGCAGCUGUGAGGACAGUAAUGAAUUUAAUAGUAUACUAUUAAAAUCUGUGCACCUCUGUCUGAAGCUUGGUGUUCUUGAGAAUGGCUGCAAGUUGAGAGUCGAAUGA